CUCCAACAUCACCCUAAUAACAUUUUAAUGAUACGACCUCCGCCACUGGCUCUACAGUGACUGUUGCAUUAGCAAUCCUUCCUUACAGAAUAAGUUCCUCGCUACCGCAACAUGCCUCCCAACCCAGCUCUUGGGGCGAUGAGCUUCUCAAUUCCGCCAGAUCUUGUGGCAUACCUUCAGGAGAUUGACCAUUUUAUAGACACUAAAAUUGCGCCAUUGCAAGCAUCCGAUGACAAUAACCGAUUUUUCGAUCACCGCCGGGAACAUGCUAGGACCGAUUGGGAUCAUCACGGUCUACCGCGUGACGAUUGGGAAGAGCUUUUAGCUCAGGCUCGCAGAUUAGCUGACGAGGCGGGUUUCUAUCGUUUCUGUUUGCCAGAGGAAUUCGGUGGUAGAAACGGGGGGAAUCUAUGGAUGGCUGCCAUUCGAAUGCAUCUGGCAAAGAAGGGGCUGGGCCUGUUCAACGACUUGCAGAACGAACAUAGCAUCGUUGGGAACUUUCCAGACAUACUUAUGGUGAAAGAAUUCGGUACUCAAGAGCAGAAAAGAGAGUUCAUUCAGGGGAGACUUGAUGAAAAGAUUUCUUUCGCGUUCGGUCUAACAGAGCCCAAUCACGGAUCCGAUGCAACUCAUAUGUUCACUCAUGCUGCUCAAACCACGAGAAACGGUACGAACGGAUGGGUGAUAAAUGGAGGGAAGAUGUGGAUUAGCGGCAUGCACAGAGCAACACAUUGCUUAGUUUUUGCCAGAACACACGGGAAGGCCGGCGAUGCAAUUGGUAUUACAGCUUUCUUUGUUCCCAAGGGUACUCCGGGUUUCAUAAUCGAGUCCUAUGAAUGGACAUUCAACAUGCCUACAGAUCACGCAACCUUGACCUUCACGGACGUCUUCGUGCCAGAGACUGCUGUCCUUGGCACCAUCGACCACGGAUUGGCAAUUGCGCAGACGUUCGUACACGAGAAUCGGCUUCGCCAAGCUGCUAGCUCACUUGGUGCUGCGGAAUAUUGCAUCGAAGAGAGCAUCAAAUAUGCAAGGAGGCGGAAGCCUUUCGGCAAGGAACUCUCCGCAAACCAGGGUAUUCAGUUUCCAGUAGUUGAACUUGCAACGCAGGCAGAGAUGUUGAAAUUAUUGAUUUUGAAAACUGCCACUGAAAUGGAUGGUAUGACGCAAAAGGAGAUUGAACAAGAUCUGGGCGACAAGGUGUCUAUGUGCAAUUAUUGGGGCAAUAGGCUGUGCACGCAGGCCGCUGAUCGAGCAAUGCAGAUUCAUGGUGGGAUUGGUUACUCCAGACAUAAAUCAUUUGAGCAUAUAUAUCGGCAUCAUCGCCGUUAUCGCAUUACCGAGGGCAGUGAGGAGAUUCAAAUGAGAAAGAUCGCGGCAUACUUAUUUAGAUAUGUCGGCCCGAGAAAAGCUGAGCUGUCGAGGCUAUAAUUUAUUAUUAAAGUAAGGGGUUUUAUAUCUAAGAGCUAGU